AUGAGCUUCACUAGCAGAAAGUCCGACGCCAAGAUGGACGAUGUCGCCCACAUCCCACCUGAGCUGUCCGACCUCCACUGCUUUACCGAGACCGGCGGCGUCAUCACCACAACAAUGUUUGACAUCCCGGGAUACCGCGUCGUUCGCACCCUGGGUGCGGUAUACGGUCUCUCGGUACGAUCUCGCAACAUCGCCGCGAGCCUGGCAAUGGUAAUCAAGUCGUUGGCGGGCGGCGAGCUGCGGUGGUUCACGACGAUGCUUUACAACUGCCGCAACGAUGCGCUGGGCCGCGUCGUCAACGAGUGCAAGCAGCGCGGUGGCAAUGCCAUCAUCUGCCUGCGCUUCGACGCUGCGGACCUGGGCGGUUAUGCGCAGACGUGCGCCUACGGUACUGCGUGCGUGGUCGAGAAGAUUCACGAUGACGAGGCUGUUGCGCCGCAGCUUACUCACCAUCACUAG